CUCAGAACUUGUUCACCAAUGUUAAACAAAAGAGCACAUAGAAACUUUAAACCUGGUUUAGAAGCUAUUUCACUGUAAUGGCCGAUCCGAUUUUGGACCAAAUGACUCGUCUGAAAUUAAAACUGCUAGAAAAGAGACUGGAGAAUGAGAGAGCAGGUCAUGAUGAAAGGGCAGAAUCAGCACUUUCCACAAGAAGUUAUGAUGGACGGAACGAAGCGCUGCACAGUGCACUGAGACGCAAAAGAGACUUACUCCGGAGACUAAGAGAACAGCACAUGUUGGACGAGUUGGCAAGGCCUCAGACGUGGGCUGGAACUCGCCGACAGCAUCAUUAUGAACCUCCUGCCUCACCCCCUGUUUAUAUCUAUCAGUCUCCACCUCCAGCUCCUCCACCAGCCCCGCCUGCGCCUCGAAUCAUCCAACAGACUGUUCCACAUCCGCCAGCUACCAUCAUCCAACAGCUUCCACAGCAGCAGCCACUUAUAGCCCAGAUUCCACCGGUCCAACCCGCCCCGUACAGGUCCGGCAGCAUUAAAGAGGACAUGGUGGAGCUGAUGCUCAUGCAGAACGCUCAGAUGCACCAGAUCAUCAUGCACAACAUGAUGCUCAAGGCGCUUCCUCCAACAGCUUUGGGCACAAGCGGGAGUCCACCUGGGGUCCAGGGGAACUACAUGAAAGCCAGAGAAGGUGCAGUUCACCAUCAUCACCACUACGGGCCGCCACCGCCGCUCCCUCCUAUUGGCUACUCAGCUUGGCCAUCUAUGAUGUCAGCACAAAGGGGAGGAGCUUAUCAGCCAUCCGUUCAGAACAUACCUGGCCCGAUUUCUCUGCCUCCACUCAACACUGUCACUGUUGAUGGCGUAAAGACGAGAGUUCCUCUUGGAUACUGAGGUUUGUUUGAGUUAUUUAUUUGAUUUGUUUAUAUCGAGUUAUAUUUAUAAUCAACACUGAUUACCUCUCAUUUAUUUCUUCCAGUGUCCUUGUUUUGUGAU